AUGCCGACGCUUUCCGGGAUUUACACGUCGCUGACAGGCCAAACCUUGGCCAUAGACGAGCAUGGCCGUCUCAGUCUUAUCCACGACGAUAAGCAGAAGAUUAAGCUACGUGCAGAUGCAGAGUUCUGGCUUUGUGAGGAUGAUGGGAAAAUUGGCAAAUUCGGAUCUCCCAAGAAGGUUUUCCUGCACUUCCAGGGUAAGGAUUACCAUAUCUGGGUGGAACCGCGCGGCUUUAGUGAUGGUUCAUAUGAGUACGGACUAAUUCCGAUCGAACCCAAUGCCCAGUAUAGCAACCGAUUUCUCGGCCUCAAUGAAGAGGGCAAUCAACUAGAGAUUCUGCAGUCCUGGUCCGAUGCAGCAAAAUUUCGAUGCAUAGAGUGA